AUGGCUUUCGCAUACCUCUCUGCCCUCGACCGCAUCAACAAGCACCUCUUCAGCGAUCCCCCUGCCUCCACCCUGGAUGAAAUUCUCGCCGCCCUCCCAACUCCACCUUCAUUACCCGCUCCUCAUCUCGCUGACCUCGACGUCUCCGAUUACCUCGACCACAAUGAAACCCUAAUCCUACCUCCCGCUUCCUCCAAUUCUCACGGAGGGGUCCGAUGCCCUGAUCCCACAUCUUCAAUCAUCCGGCUUGACGCCGAUUCGCCAUCCACGCUCACCAACCCCAACGCUGCCGCCGACCAGUUAUCGCCACCGCCAGCCGCAGCUGUAAUCGACAGCCGUCAGUACCGCACGCAGUACCGCGGUGUGCGGAAGCGGCGGUGGGGAAAGUUCGCGGCAGAGAUUAGGGAUCCCAAACGGCGGAAAUCUAGGGUUUGGCUCGGUACGUUUGAUACGGCGCUGGAGGCCGCAAGGGCAUAUGAUCGCGCCGCGUUCCAGAUGAGGGGUAAUAAAGCGAUUCUGAAUUUUCCGAAUGAGGUUGGGCGAUCCGGGAAGUGGAUCCAAUCGCCAGUGGCGGCGACGGUAAAGAGGAAAAGGGAGGUGGAGAAGGAGAAGUUGGAAGUAUUUGAGCGGAAUAUUCCGACGUUAGAUGGGCCAUCUACGACGUCAAGUUGGAAGGCGGUAUGGGAUGAUUUGGAUGUGCUGGGGGAUUUUGCCUUGCAGCCGCUGUCGCCGUUAUCUCCCUACGCGGCGAUGGGAUUCCCUCGGGUAAUGGUGAUUUGA